AUGAACAACUUGUCAUCCCAAAAUAUAGACGAUGAUAAUAAUCAUCGUCAUCAUCACGAUACAAGGAAAACAUGGCAACAACCACAACAACAACCACAACAGCAUCAUCCAUUAUCCACCAACAACAACAAUAAUAAUAAUAAUAAUAAUAUCCCAAUGAUCAACGAUAUGACUUUUCAAUUCAAUCCCGUCCCUGACUUCUCCGACUAUUUAUUGAAUAGCUUUCAACAUUUUCAAAAUGGCUCCAACAAGCAAAUGCCAAAUCUACUCCUAAAUGGUCUACUGGAUAAUACUAAUAAUGAUACUAAUAAUGAUACUAAUAAUACUGAUAAUUAUGAUACUAAUAACAAUAGUAAUAAUAACAAUAUUAAUAACAAUAAUACUAAUAAUACUAAUAAUAAUAUAAAUACUCCAAUGGGAAUUCCUACUGCUUCAAUGUAUGGCUCGCCAAUCAACCAGUUUUCUCCAGCAAUCAAUGAUGGAUAUAAUAUAAAUAAUAAUAAUGGAGGUAUUAAUGAUAAUAAUAAUGGAGGUAUGAAUGAUAAUAAUAAUAUGGAUAAUAACCAUUAUCUACAAAAUGGCCCUGCUACCCAUCACCCAUCACAUAAAAUAUCAAGAAGUUUGGAACAACAUCAGAUACCCAAUAUGAAUAAUAACUUUCUUUACGAAUCAAAGGAUAUUCCCAUCAAAAAUUUCGACUCAUACCUGUCGCCGAACAUGAAGUAUGGGUUCAACUCUAACAAUAUAUUACAACAACAACAGCAACAAAGCCCAUUACUCAAUUCUUCUCCCCAAGGAACACUCUCUCAACAGGAUGAACUACUACUACAUCGACGUAAACAUGCUCAUCCAAAUCUCCCAAUCAUUAAAAAUGAACCAUCGCUCGAAUCAGACUCGAUGUUACUUUUAGAAACCUCGAAUCCAAAGGACAAAAUGGAAAUAUGCCUCAAUCAUGCCAAACGAUCGAUCGCCGAAAAUUUGAGUCUCAAACAAUUUGCCAAUACUUUGAAAGACGAUACCGUCCAUCGUAAAGAUUUGAAAUCGGUAUUUGGCUUCCGGGUGUUAUUGGAUACCGUCGAAGCCACGGUGGACAAUCCCGACAAAUUUGCCGCCCCGAAAGACGUGUUGUACAAAUUCUAUGCGUAUAUUUGUCAAGCUUCAGGGUUUGAUAGUCUUACCAGCAGUUCUUUGGGGAAAAUCGUCAAAGCCCUAUGGCCAAAUGUCGGCACCAAAAGAUUAGGUUCCAGAGAAGACUCACGGUAUCAUUAUGUGGGGAUCAAAUUCAAAGAUUAUGUCAAACCGAUGAUCGAUGCGUUUGUCACGAAAUCAAAAUUGACUAAAGGCCGGGACUUCCUCACGGUUACUCCAGUGGAAUUGGAGAAUUAUAUGCUUUCCGAUGGGUUCCAGUACUUGGAAUUUUUCAUUGAUUAUGAUGAUGAUGAGGUAAAUAAUAAUAAUAAUAAUGAAAAAGGCAAUACUAAAUUGAAAUUGCAAUCUAAUAAUAAUAAUAAUAAUAAUAAUAAUCACAGUAAACUGCCCGACCCCGGGAAGACAACUGGCACCACCACCAUUGAAGAUUUUAAAGUUCCUAGUCUCACUGCGGUUUAUGAUGGGUUAUAUUUCCCUAAGAAUUUGAACCCAUUCCAUGAUCUUCCCAGGGAUUCGCUUAAUAGUUUUAUCAUCACCGAAACCAACGCCGAGAUGAUUGAGCGGAAAAACAAAGCAUUGAGACGGUACGAAGUGCCAUUUUUCCAAGGGGACGGCAAAAAGUUUGCCGAAAGAUUGUUUGAUGAGUAUCAACUUGAUCUGCCGGUGUACGAUUUGAUGGUGUAUUAUAAUCUUUUGAAAGUGUGUGCCGUGGUUUGUUGCAACGGGAUCAAUCAAUCAGGCAUGCGCCGUCUACGGAAAUUCGCGAUUAGUUAUGAAGAAGCGGUGAUUUGGCAAGUGAAAUUGCGUAGUAUCGAAGUGGAUGGUGGUGGUGGAGUCAAUUACGACGAUCGGAAACGUGCUGGGGGGUUGUUCAUCAAUAUUCUUUCGACGGUGUUGGAUUCUGGAGAACUGACGGUGAAAUUUGGGAAAAUCGUCACUGAUAAAGGGUUUUUAUUUGAUUCGAUUAGCAGUAAAGAAUUGAUCAACACUAAAUUUAUCAUCAAUGCCAUCACGUCGGUGUCGCCUAGCGAAGAGCACGCUAAUAAAUUGAAAGUUACGUAUCUUGAGAAAUGGAAAAAGUUUUUACAAUUCAUUUAUUGUUUAUUAAUGUCGCGAGAAAAACUGCAAGCGGAGAGAAAUCAUAAUAACCAUAGUAAUGGUGGUAGUACUCCUCCUGAAGGCGGCAUGGAUCCUGAUGAUUUUUCACCGAUUGAUCAUUCAAUUUUGGAGAAAUUGCGAGUGGGGAAACUUUUAUCAAAAGAGUUGGAUUUGUUUGACCGGCAAAUCAUCAUUAAUUUUUUAAAGUUUUUCAUCAACGAAUUGUUGCUCCAAUUUAAUGAUUCUCCGGUGAUUUACAGUCUCUUAUUGACGAAUUCUGGGUUGGAUAAAUUGGUUACGAAAUUGACAUCGAAUCAUUUUGCCGAUGUGCAACUUUCGACCACCUCGUCACUUGAAUCAUUGAAUUUGAACGAUACUGAGGAAGGAGAAGAAACAACGGGGAAGGAGAAAAAAUAUCAACAUAAUGAUGAUGAUGAUGAUAAUGAUGACUCUAAACUUGUGGAGGAUUCGACGCAGAUUCUUGUGAGAAAUGCCAAUAUCAUGGUGAUGAAGUCAUUUGCUUACAACUUCUUAAGUUCGUACGCUGAAUUGUAUGGGUUAGAUAAAAUGAUUCGGAAACUUAUUCAUCGGUUGGCCGAUGGCAAUACCGAGGGGAUGAAUAACCCAGUGUUUGAUAAAUUGGAGGAAAUUAAUGUGUUUUUUGUGAUCCAUCGGAAACCUAGAAAGCGGAGAGGAGAAAUGGAAUAA